ACAUGCGCACAUCUGCACACUGAGAACCAGGAAGUGUGUGUGGAUUCAAGAAAAAAGGGAACCGUUAGUCGGGUUAAUAUUUGACUUUUGUGUUCUACCAAAGCAGGUAGAACAGUUUAUAUUAGAAGACUAUCUGAGAAAAAAGAGGCAAAGGAAAAAGAGAAGAGGAAAUGUCUGCAACUGCAGCGAGUCAGUAUGUGGAUCAGUUCAGCUGUCCAGUGUGUUUGGAUCCUCUGAAGGAGCCGGUGACGAUUCCCUGUGGACACAGUUACUGUAUGAGCUGUAUUACUGACUGCUGGGGCCAGAAGGAGCAGGGGCCGCCGUACCGCUGUCCCCAAUGCAGAGAGAGCUUCAGUCAGAGACCUCUACUGAAGAAGAACACUCUGAUAGCUGAGAUGAUGGAGACGCUGCAGAAGACGACGUCUCUACAAACGGCUGCUGUGGAGUGUGAUGUUUGCACUACAGAGAAGAACAGAGCUGUAAAGUCCUGUCUGCAGUGCUUGGCCUCCUUCUGUCAAACUCACCUGCAGUCUCACUAUCAAUCUCCUGCGUUUAUGAAGCACAAACUAGUCGAAGCUUCCAGACACAUUCAGGAGAACAUCUGUCUCAGUCAUGGGAAACUACUGGAGAUUUACUGCCAGGAUGAUCAUCAGUGUAUCUGUUGUUUGUGUACUGAUGAUCAUAAAGGACAUAAUGUGGUGUCUGUGGAUUCAGAAUGGACUAGUAAAAAGAAAGAGUUAGAGGAGAUAAAGGUGUCGUGUCAGAAGCUGAUCCAGGAGCGAGAGAGAGGUCAGCAGGAACUCAGUGAAGCUCUGAAACUUCUUAAAAGUUCAGCGCUAGAGAGCAUGGAGGACAUUGAGAAGGUCUUCACUGAGCUCAUCUGCUCUCUGGAGAAGAAACGCUCUGAGAUUAAAGAGCAGAUCAGAGCUCAGGAGAAGACUGAGAUAGAUCGAGCAGAGGAACUUCACAAACAUCUGGAUCAAGAGCUGACAGAACUCAGAAAAACACAAGCAGAGAUUGACAAACUUCUGAUUAAUGAUAAUCAGAUCAAUUUUCUGAAGAGCUGUCAGUCUGUGUGUGUUUUACCCACAUUUGAAGACGUUCCCAUCACUCAACACACUCAUCUGUAUUUUAAAGACAUUUCAAUCUCAACAUUCAGAGAGGUUUUGGAGGACGUCCAUCAACAGCAAACAGCCAAAAUAUCACAAGAAGUGUCAAAUGUUCAUGUUGCAAAGAUGCCAAAUGAUUUUUUGCAGUAUUUCUCUGAACUUAACUUGGAUCCAAACACUGCAAACAAUAAACUCAAACUGUCUGUGGACAGCAGGAAAAUAUCAUUUACAUAUAAAGACCAGCAGUAUCCUGAUCACCCAGAGCGAUUUGAUAGAUAUGUGAAUGUCUUGUGUCGAGAGGGUUUGUGCGGUCGCUGUUACUGGGAAGUCGAGUGCUGUGGGAACAAUUGGGCCGUAGCAGUUUGUUACAAAGGAAUUGGACGUAAGGGAAGAAAUUAUGACUGUAGGCUUGGCUCCAACAAAAACUCUUGGAGAUUGUCCCGCUCGCAACAGAAUGUCUAUUUCACACACGAUAAAACCCAAGUCUCAAUCCCCGGUGUCUGCUCCUCUAGAAUAGGAGUGUAUCUGGAUCACAGAGCAGGAACUCUCUCGUUCUACAGCGUCUCUGACACAAUGACUCUCCUUCACAGAGUCCAGACCACUUUCACCGAACCCUUAUACCCUGCGUUUUACACUGGACAAGUUUCAUCAGUCAGGAUCGUAGAAAAGCAGAGUUUAAAAUAUAAUAUGUCAGAAAAAUAAUACAUUAAAAAUGACAUGACUGAGUUAAAUAUACACAAAAGUUG